AUGUCUACCGAGUAUCCGACAAAAGAGGUGGUUGAAACCCAGGCCGACUCGAAAGAUGUCCGCCACCAUCACCAACACUCUCUUAGCGAGAGAGUGCGCCAUAGCAUCUCUGUGCAGUCGCUCGAUGAGAACACGGUUGAAGGCCAAAUUUUCUCCAUGAACGAUAUCGAUCCUGCCCUUGACAAAAAAAUGCGCCUUGUGAAUGAUGCUAUCGACGAAAUCGGCUGGACCAACAUGCAUCUGAAGCUCUUUUUCCUCAACGGCUUUGGCUACGCAGCCGACUCUUUGAUUCUGCUACUGCAGUCAGUCACUGCUGGCCAGGCCGCACUUGAGUUUAACCCUUCUUUCAGCAAUGGUCUCACCGUGGCUGCAUACUGUGGCAUGUUGAUCGGAGCCUUGUUCUGGGGAUUGAGUGCUGAUGUGAUUGGUCGUCGAUUCGCUUUUAAUGUCUCGUUGUUCAGUUGUUCGAUCUUUGCCGUCGUUGCGGGUGCGUCACCCAAUUGGUAUGCUCUAGGUGCCUUUGUAGCAUUGGCAGCAUUUGGAUCUGGAGGGAACUUGAUCCUGGACACCACUGUGUUCCUCGAGUACCUGCCUGGCAACAAGCAAUGGCUUCUGACUCUGAUGGCGUGCUGGUGGGGACUUGCUCCUGUGAUUGCGGCGGCUUUUGCGUGGCCAUUCCUCUCAAUCUCGAGAUACAACUGUACCAGCCACGCGACUUGCACCUACGACAACAACAUGGGCUGGCGUUAUGUCUGGUACUCAAAUGGAGCAUUGGUUUUUGUUCUCAGUAUUCUCCGGGUGACGGUCAUCCGGCUCAAGGAGACACCAAAGUACCUCCUGGCGAAGGGACAAGACCAGGAAGUUGUCAACACUUUCCAUGCGAUCGCCACCAAAUACAACAGACCGUGCUCGCUCACUAUUGAGCAUCUCGACGCGUGUGGUCCCAUCAAAUCGACAUAUGGCAAAUCGCGAUAUGGAUUCUCCGAGUUUCUGGCUCAUCUGCGAGGUCUCUUUGCGACCAAGAAACUGGGAGUCUCUACUUGCUUGAUUUGGCUGUCGUGGACCUUGAUUGGACUUGCCUAUCCGCUCUUCUACGUGUUCCUGCCCCAGUUCCUCGAGAGUCGUGGCGCUCAGACCGGGCAAAGUGGCGCCUACUAUACCUGGCGAAACUACAUGAUCACGAACUCGGUCAGCAUCUUUGGUCCGGUUCUCGCUGGGAUAAUGUGCAACUGGAAGUAUUUGGGCAGAAGGUACACCAUGGUGAUCGGAGCUCUGAUCACCAUGGCCUUCUUCUUUGCGUACACGGCAGUGCGCACCCCGGCUCAGAAUUUGGGGUUCACAUGUGCCAUUUACUUCUUUGUCAAUGUCUACUAUGGCACUCUCUAUGCGUAUACUCCCGAGAGUCUGCCGUCUGCCCACCGAGCCACAGGAAACGGCAUCGCAGUUGGCUGCAAUCGAGUCAUGGGUCUUGUAAGUGCCUUUGUGGCGGCCUAUUCUGACACGGCCACAAGUGCUCCCAUCUACAUUUGUGCCUCUCUCUACAUUGCCAUGGCACUCGUAGCCGUUGUCAUGCCAUUCGAGCCUUAUGGAAAGAGGUCAAUGUAG